CACACACACACGCACACACCGUGAGCGACAAACACUGCCUCUCGUUCCGUUCUCCCGUUUCAGCUGAACGAUCAAGUUACGUGGCUAGGGAAAUGUUGCAGUGAAGAGAGAGAGAGAGAGAGAGAGAGAGAGAGAGAGAGAGAGAGAGAGAGAGAGAGAGAGACUGCAGCAUCAUUUCAGAGCAGGCAGAAGCAAGCCACGCGCGCACAUGCAGUGCAGUAGAACGUGCAGGUGAGAGAAAGAGAGAGAGAAGGCGUGCGUGGAGAAUGAACGAUAGAAUGCAGGACUCUUGGAAAAUACGCAUUUUCUCUCGGUUCAUUACCGAAACAUCCUCGCGAACGCACAAGGAAUUAUAAUUGACCGGAUUGUUGACUUCGGGAUCUCUUUAGCCUUUAAAAAAAAAAACAAGGAUUGCUGAUGUGAGCGAGCUCCGGUUUACGGUUUAGAUUAUUAUUCCGUCCCGAGAAGUGGCUGUGAAAAGCUCUCUUGUCUUUGUGAAGUUCCGUGAAGGCAUUCGACCAAACUGCUUGGCACGUUGCUUCACUGCGGGGAAAAACACGCGUAGUUCAGACUCAUACCGAGGAGCGAGAGGUAAGAAACCACAAUUAAACUCUAAACGAUUACCGGAUGAUAUCCAAUACUUUACUUUUAAACCGAUUUUGUUCCGCUUUGUGGAUGUAAGUAAUUUUUCACAACAUUAGUGGUUCGGCGUCCUGAGACAGAGUCGUGUUCAGUUUUCUUUGUGGAAGUGCUGCAUUGCAGUUUCUCUUCAACUCGUCAAAACCGCCGAGAGAGCCCCUCGGUCCCCCGGAACGCGACCGGAAUUAAGCGAAAUUACUAACGGACUAAUAUAACUGAUAAGAGAGUCCUCAAGAGAGGUAGAAACGGAAUAAGUCUCCAUCAUAAAAAGAGAGAGCGAGAGAGAGUCAAGUGGAUUAAUUAACGUGAGUGGAUGAUUUGGUUUCUCUUUUCUUCCUGGAUGGAUUUUCUGAUAUCUUUGUGCUCUGAACAUCCCAGAGAGACUUAGAGGAAUUUUUUUUUAAAGUUUAUUUUUAAACCCACUCUCAACAAUAAAGAGAAAGAGAAAAGAAUUGAGAAAACAUACAUCCUGACUGAAACAGAGAUCUACAACCAGAUAGUCACAUUAACAACAGAGAGACUGAUCUGCAGUGUGUUAUUAGAGUGCUGUAAAGCUUCCCUGGACCCUAGACAGUGGAAACUGCCGAGAGAUAGAGAGGGGGAGGGGGGAAGAGUGUGAGAAAGAGAGAGGAAACAAAGAUCUACAACCAGAUAGACACAUUAACGACAGAGAAGGAGGGAAAGGUAGAAGUAUAGAUCCCCAGAGAGAGGGAGACAGAGGGAUAGAGAGGGAGAGAGAAGAGAGAGGGAUAGAGGGAUAGAGAGGGAGAGAGAAGAGAGGAAAGAGAGACAGAGGGAUAGAGAGGGAGAGAGAAGAGAGAGAGGAAAGAGAGACAGAGGGAGAGAAGAAGCAGAAAGGCGGGAGCCAUGCGGAGGACAGGGGUAGGUGUCUGUGGUGGAGCAGCGUUCUCCUGCUCCGUAACGCUAACUGGACCGGGGGAGUUGUUCCACCUCCUAGUCCUUCUCCUACUAACGAUGACUCAGCUCCCGGUCGCUGACUCGGCACUCCGUUACCGGGUGGCUGAGGAGGGCCCCGCAGACGUUAUGAUCGGUAAUGUGGCUGCCGACCUCGGCCUGUCCGCGGGCACCGGCUCCGGAGAUGUCACAUUCGCCCUAGAGAGCGGCUCGGAGUUCUUCAAGAUUGAUAACGUUACCGGGGAGCUGACUACCGGGCAGCGGAGGAUUGACCGGGAGAAGCUGUCCCAGUGUCAGAUGAUCUUUGACGAGAACGAGUGUUUCCUGGACUUCGAAGUGUCUGUGAUUGGUCCGCUCCAGAGCUGGGUGGAUCUCUUUGAGGGCCGUGUGGUCAUCACCGACAUCAACGACAACACGCCCUCGUUUCCGUCCUCGGUGCUGACGUUAUCUGUCGAGGAGAACCGUCCAAUAGGCACGCUGUAUCUGUUACCCACAGCGACGGAUCGCGACUUCGGGCGAAACGGGAUUGAUCGUUAUGAGUUGAUUCAAGAUGGUAGCUCUUCCGGGUCGGCGGGGUCAGGGUCGGGGUCGGCGAGGAGAGCAGCCGGUGGGCCUAUGGGAAGAGCGGAUGGAACAGGAGGAGGAAACGCAGGAGGAGGGGAUAGGAGGAGAGGAGCAUUGGAGAACAACGGAGGAGGAGGAGGAGGAGGAGGAGGAGGAGGAGGUGCAGGAGGAGGUGUGAGGAGCAGUGUGUUUGAGCUCCAGGUCGCCGACACGCCAGACGGCGAGAAGCAACCACAGCUGAUCGUGAAAGGACCUCUGGACCGUGAAGCACGCGACUCGUAUGAGCUGGUUCUACGGGUCCGGGACGGUGGGAACCCUCUUCGCUCCUCCCAGGCACUCCUCCGCGUCUCCAUCACCGAUGUCAACGACAACAGCCCGCGCUUCGAGAGAGCCAUCUAUGAGGCCGAGAUGGCGGAGAACGCACCUCCCGGAACCCCCGUCCUCCAGGUGCGCGCUUCGGACCGCGAUGUCGGCGUCAACGGACAGGUGGAGUACGUCUUCGGCGCUGCCACGGAAUCUGUCCGCCGUCUUCUCCGACUGGACGAGGCUACCGGUUGGCUGAGCGUCCUCCACAGGAUUGACCGGGAGGAAGUGGCCCAGUUACGCUUCACGGUCACGGCAAGGGAUCGCGGUCAGCCGCCGCGCACCGACCGGACGACCGUAGUCCUGGUGGUCCGGGACGAGAACGACAACGUUCCGGUCGUGGAGAUCAGGAAGAUCGGACGGAUUCUGGUGAGGGACGGAGUGGCGCUGGUACCGGAGAACGUUCUGGUGGACACACCGGUGGCACUGGUUCAGGUGUCAGACCGUGACCAAGGGGAGAACGGGGCGGUAACGUGUACGGUGGUCGGGGAUGUACCGUUCACCCUGAAACCGGCGGGAGAGACGGCGCUCCUGCCGCUGCCCGCGGAUGACGCUUUCGACAGAAACCGUAAGAAGUAUUUCCUCCACACGUCGGCCCUGUUGGAUUACGAGGCCACUAAAGAGUACAGCGUGACCAUCGUGGCAGUCGACUCUGGUUCCCCCUCUCUCUCCAGCAACAGCUCUCUCAUGGUCAGGGUAGUCGACAUCAACGACCACACUCCUACCUUCGCCCAGGCCGUGGUCGAGGUCCACUUUGCCGAGAACAACCAACCAGGAGAGCGUGUGGUCACCGUGGUUGCGGCGGAUGCCGAUUCCGGUAAAAAUGCAGAGAUUGCGUAUUCAUUGGACCCGUCCGUUAACGGCCUGUUCUAUAUUGAUGCUGAUAAUGGGGAUAUCCGCGCAACGGGGGUUCUGGACCGGGAGGUCAGGGAGAGGUAUGAGUUCCAGGUGAUCGCCAGGGAUAAGGGAUUCCCCUCGCUGCAGGGGGCGGCCACGGUGGUAAUCCUGGUGACUGACCGCAACGACAAUGCUCCGAAGUUCGUCCAGGAAGUGUUCACCUUCUACGUGAAGGAGAACCUCCUUGCCAACAGCCCAGUCGGCAUGGUAACAGUAACAGACGCGGAUGAGGGUGAGAACGCGGAGCUGAGUCUUUUCGUAGAGAUGGACGAAGAAGAAGGAGAAGAGGUGGAGGGAGGAGGAGGGGAGAAGAACAAGGGAGUAGGAGAGGAGGGAGGAGGAAGAGGAAGAGGAGGAAGAGGUGAGGAAACGUUCUCCAUAGAGAACAACACCGGGACCAUCUUCUCCUCCGUGUCCUUUGACCGGGAACGCCGCUCCACCUACACCUUCCGCGUCCGGGCCGUCGACUGCGGAGCUCCGCCUCGCUCCGCCACGGCAACAGUCUCCCUCAUCGUGACUGAUGAGAACGACAACGCCCCCUCCGUGACCUCACCCACCAACGACUCCUACACCCUCCUCCCCCCGGCCUCCUCCACCCGGACCGUCGUCAGAACCGUGGCCGCCUCGGACUCUGACUUUGGCCGCAACGCUGACCUGCGCUUCUCCCUGGUAGGAGGGAACCCGUUCAGGCUGUUUGAGAUCGGCCUGGCCAGUGGAGUGAUCACCGUGGCAGAGCCCCUAGAGAGGAGACACAGGGGGCUGCAUCGCCUGGUGGUCAGGGUCAACGACAGUGGAGAGCCAUCGCUCUGCGCCACCGCGCUGGUCCACGUCUUCGUCAACGAGAGUCUGGUCAACGCUACACUGGUGGACGCACAGGUGGCUCGUAGUCUGGCCGCCCCUCUCUACCUGGACAUCGCGGGCGACCCCGACAGCGAGCGAGCGUUGGGGAAACAGCGUCUCUCGGUAGCCAUCGGUGUGCUGGCGGGCGCCGCCGCAGUCAUCCUGGUCAUCCUCCUAGUGGUGAUGGCCCGCCAGUGCGGCGCCCAGGGCAAGAACGGAUACGAGGCCGGGAAGAAAGAACCAGAGGAGGACUUCUUCAGCCCUCAACCGGCCGUGCCACAAACCAGGGGAGGGACGUUGGACCGCGGACGGAAGCCCCGCAGGGACAAACGGAAUGCAGGCGCUGGAGGAGUUGGAGCCGGUAAUAAAACUGAACGGCCACUCUACAGCGGCAUCGUCACGGUCAACGGGCUCCGUCGCCACGGCAACGACCACCACAUCGCCGACAUCGACGAUGACGACGAGGACGUGAGCAGCGCCAGCGAGAGGUUGGCGGCGAGGUACUGCGCGGUGGACGGAGACCCCGGGAGCCCACGCAUGGGCGCCAGGCAUCACCAGUCGAGCCCAGAUCUGGCCAGGCAUUAUAAGUCAAGCUCGCCGCUCCCCGCGGUACACCUCCAGCCCUACAGCCCCCCGGCCGAGGGGAAAAAGCACCAGGCCGUACAGGAGCUGCCCCCCUCUAACACCUUCGUGGGGUCGGGAGGGUCCAGUGGUAGUGGGGGAAGUGGGAACGCUGAUGCCAUGUCUCUGGGGUCAGACCAGUGUUCUGAGUAUGGAUCCCAAACAGGGAAUAAGUACAGCAAACAGGUAGGACUGAUUCAGUUAUUCUACUGACACAAACUGAACUGAGCUGGGCUAGCCUGGCUACUCAUCCACCACAGUUGACAGAGUGGUGGUGGUGAUAGUAGGACUGACUGGUGAUAAUAGGACUGACUAGUGAUGGUGAUAAUAGGACUGACUGGUGGUGGUGAUAAUAGGACGGACUGGUGGUAGUGAUAAUAGGACUGACUAGUGGUGGUGAUAAUAGGACUGACUAGUGGUGGUGAUAGUAGGACUGACUAGUGGCGGUGAUAAUAGGACUGACUAGUGGUGGUGAUAAUAGGACUGACUAGUGGCGGUGAUAAUAGGACUGACUAGCGGUGGUGAUAAUAGGACAGACUAGUGGUGGUGAUAAUAGGACUGACUAGUGGUGGUGAUAAUAGGACUGACUAGUGGUGGUGAUAAUAGGCCUGACUAGUGGUGGUGAUAAUAGGACUGACUAGUGGUGGUGAUAAUAGGACUGACUAGUGGCGGUGAUAAUAGGCCUGACUAGUGGUGGUGAUAAUAGGACUGACUAGUGGUGGUGAUAAUAGGACUGGUGGUUAUAAUAGGACUGACUAGUGGUGGUGAUAAUAGGACUAACUAGUGGUGGUGAUAGUAGGACUGACUAGUGAUGGUUAUAAUAGGACAAACUAGUGGUGGUGAUAAUAGGACGGACUAGUGAUGGUGAUAAUAGGACUGACUAGUGGUGGUGAUAAUAGAACUGACUAGUGAUGGUGAUAAUAGGACUGACUAGUGGUGGUGAUAAUAGAACUGACUAGUGAUGCUGAUAAUAGGACGGACUAGUGGUGGUGAUAAUAGGACUGACUAGUGGUGGUGAUAAUAGAACUGACUAGUGAUGGUGAUAAUAGGACUGACUAGUGGUGGUGAUAAUAGGACUGACUAGUGGCGGUGAUAAUAGGACAGACUAGUGGCGGUGAUAAUAGGACUGGUGGUUAUAAUAGGACUGACUAGUUGUGGUGAUAAUAGGACUGACUAGUGGUGGUGAUAGUAGGACUGACUAGUGAUGGUUAUAAUAGGACAGACUAGUGGUGGUGAUAAUAGGACUGACUAGUGGUGGUGAUAAUAGGACUGACCAGUGAUAAUAGGGCUGACUAGUGGUGGUGAUAAUAGGAAUGACUAGUGGUGGUGAUAAUAGGACUGACUAGUGAUGGUGAUAAUAGGACUGACUAGUGGUGGUGAUAAUAGGACUGACUAGUGGUUGUGAUAGUAGGACUGACUAGUGGUGGUGAUAAUAGGACUGACUAGUGGUGGUGAUAAUAGGACUGACUAGUGGUGGUGAUAAUAGGACUGACUGGUGAUAGUAGGACUGACUAGUGGCGGUGAUAAUAGGACUGACUAGUGAUAAUAGGACUGACUAGUGGUGGUGAUAAUAGGACUGACUAGUGGCGGUGAUAAUAGGACUGGUGGUUAUAAUAGGACUGACUAGUUGUGGUGAUAAUAGGACUGACUAGUGGUGGUGAUAGUAGGACUGACUAGUGAUGGUUAUAAUAGGACAGACUAGUGGUGGUGAUAAUAGGACUGACUAGUGGUGGUGAUAAUAGGACUGACUAGUGAUAAUAGGGCUGACUAGUGGUGGUGAUAAUAGGAAUGACUAGUGGUGGUGAUAAUAGGACUGACUAGUGGUGGUGAUAAUAGGACUGGCGAUUAUAAUAGGACUGACUAGUUGUGGUGAUAAUAGGACUGACUAGUGGUGGUGAUAGUAGGACUGACUAGUGAUGGUUAUAAUAGGACAGACUAGUGGUGGUGAUAAUAGGACUGACUAGUGGUGGUGAUAAUAGGACUGACUAGUGAUAAUAGGGCUGACUAGUGGCGGUGAUAAUAGGAAUGACUAGUGGUGGUGAUAAUAGGACUGACUAGUGGUGGUGAUAAUAGGACUGGUGGUUAUAAUAGGACUGACUAGUUGUGGUGAUAAUAGGACUGACUAGUGGUGGUGAUAUUAGGACUGACUAGUGAUGGUUAUAAUAGGACAAACUAGUGGUGGUGAUAAUAGGACUGACUAGUGGUGGUGAUAAUAGGACUGACUAGUGAUAAUAGGACUGACUAGUGGUGGUGAUAAUAGGAAUGACCGGUGAUAAUAGGACUGACCGGUGAUAAUAGGACUGACUGGUGAUAAUAGGACUGACUGGUGAUAAUAGGACUGACCGGUGAUAAUAGGACUGACUGGUGAUAAUAGGACUGACUGGCGAUAAUAGGACUGGCUGGUGAUAAUAGGACUGACUGGUGAUAAUAGGACUGGCUAGUGGUGGUAGUGUUUGCUGUGUUGUUGUUGGUUUGUUGUUGUUUUGUCAUUGUCGAUUUGUAACCCCCUCGCUUAUUUGCUCUUUGAGGUUCUCUUUUGAAUCUUUAGAAUUUGUUUCUUUCCAUAUGUCUCUCUCUCUCUCUCUCUCUCUCUCUCUCUCUCUCUCUCUCUCUCUCUCUCUCUCUCUCUCUCUCUCUCUCUCUCUCUCUCUUUUUACAGUCCUCUCCUUGUUGCAUCGUAAGCUGUCUUUUGCUGAUGUUUUCAGACUUAAAGUAGUACACCCAGUGUGUGUGUGUCAGCAUGGUAAGCCUGUAAGCAGUGUGACUGUGUCCUGCUCUCUGUGUGUGUGUGUAUGUUUCGUGUCAAACAGCAGACUCCAUUUAGCCAGGCUUAUUGCUGGGUGAGAGGAGGGUGUGUCUGUCUCUUCAACUUGAUGUGUCUUUGUGUGUGUACACUUAGACUGUGUGUGUGUACGCUUAGACUGUGUGUGUGUCUGCAACUGUGUGUGUGUGUGUGUGUGUGUGUGUGUGUGUGUGUUAGGGUUGAGCAUUUGAAAUCAUUUUUGGGGGAUAUCCGGAUAGUCGUAAUACAAGUGUUUCAAACAGAACUUCUUUUUUUACUUCAAUGGAAACCGGUGUGUGUGACAGUCUGUGUGUGACAUGGAGAGAGACAGAGAAAGUUGUAAAGAAGCUAGCUAGCUACAGUAGCCAUCUAAGUUAGCCAGCUAGCUAACUAAACUAGCCAUCUGAGUUAGCCAUCUAGCUAACUAAAGUAACCAUCUGAGUUAGCCAGCUAUCUAGCUAACUGAAGUAGCCAUCUGAGUAAGCCAGCUAGCUAACUGAAGUAGCCAUCUAAGGUAGCCAGCUAGCUAACUAAAUUUGCCAUCUGAGGUAGCCAGCUAGCUAACUAAAUUAGCCAUCUGAUUUAGCCAGCUAGCUAACUAAAGUGGCCAUCUGAGUUAGCCAGCUAGCUAACUGAAGUAGCCAUCUGAGGUAGCCAGCUAGCUAACUAAAUUUGCCAUCUGAGGUAGCCAGCUAGCUAACUAAAUUAGCCAUCUGAUUUAGCCAGCUAGCUAACUAAAGUGGCCAUCUGAGUUAGCCAGCUAGCUAACUGAAGUAGCCAUCUGAGGUAGCCAGCUAGCUAACUAAAUUUGCCAUCUGAGGUAGCCAGCUAGCUAACUAAAUUAGCCAUCUGAGUUAGCCAGCUAGCUAACUAAAGUGGCCACCUGAGUUAGCCAGCUAGCUAACUGAAGUAGCCAUCUGAGGUAGCCAGCUAGCUAACUAAAUUAGCCAUCUGAGGUAGCCAGCUAGCUAACUAAAUUAGCCAUCUGAGGUAGCCAGCUAGCUAACUAAAUUAGCCAUCUGAUGUAGCCAGCUAGCUAACUAAAGUAGCCAUCUGAGUUAGCCUGCGAGCUAACAAAAAUAGCCAUCUGAGGUAGCCAGCUAGCUAACUAAAGUAGCCAUCUGAGGUAGCCAGCUAGCUAACUAAAGUAGCCAUCUGAGGUAGCCAGCUCGCUAACUAAAGUAGCCAUCUGAGUUAGCCUGUGAGCUAACUAAAGUAGCCAUCUGAGGUAGCCAGCUCGCUAACUAAAGUAGCCAUCUGAGUUAGCCUGUGAGCUAACUAAAGUAGCCAUCUGAGGUAGCCAGCUCGCUAACUAAAGUAGCCAUCUGAGUUAGCCUGUGAGCUAACUAAAGUAGCAAGGGUAAUUGAGGCUCUUUUGUUCCCCGUCCAUUGCGUACAACAACUCCAUUCAUAUGAAACAACAGCCUACCUAUUGGUUGAUCAUUGUAGCCUACUCCUUGUCAUUUAGUCAACUUAAAUCCCUAAUUUUCAUUUCAUUUUGCAUUGAUUAGAAAUCUGCCACUUUACUUGCUGUGCAUGGAGCCUCUGACUGUAAUUGAACGACAAUAACAACAAGCUACGUGUCUGAAACGUGCGUAGGCUGUGUGUGUGUGUGUGUGU